AUGAGGAUAGAUAAGGCCCUCUGUUAUCUUGGAGCAAGUGUAAGUCUAAUGCCCUUAUCAGUAUGUCAAAAGCUGGAGGUAGGAGAGUUUAAACCUACAACAAUAUCACUUCAACUGGCUGAUCGAUCUGUCAAAUACCCUGUGGGCAUUCUAGAAAACAUCCCCAUCAAAGUGGAAAACUUCUUCUUCCCAGUUGAUUUUGUUGUCUUGGAAAUAGAGGAGGAUGUCCAAAUUCCUAUAAUCUUGGGAAGACCUUUCUUAGCAAUCACUGGAGCUAUCAUAGAUAUUAAAAAUGGCCAGUUAACUCUCAAAGUGGGAGAUAAAGAGGUGGAAUUCAACCUGAUUAACACGAUGAAGCACAAACUUGAACCUGAUAAAUGCUUUAAGGUUGAUAUAUUUAACAAGAAAGUUGAAGAGAAAUUCCAUAAAGCACAUCCUGAAGAUCCUAUUAAAGCAUGCAUUAUGCAUAGCCCCACGGCAGAUAAUGAAAACACAGAGAUUGUAGCCUGUGCAUAA